AGCAGGUCUGCAAAGAGAGACACGAACGAUUCGCGAAAACUGUUGUCCUUUUCGUUUUCGUUUACAUUUUGUACUUUGUUAUGUUCAUUUGAAACUGGAUUUUAAGUUUUAAGUACGGUAACUAGAAGUCUCUUGAUUAAGUCACUGUCCGCAGCGCUGCCGAGGAGCGGCAGAGCGGUGGAGCCAUAACAAAAUUCUCCGGUUACUCUGGUGAAUCAGGAAUGGUGCGAUACCUGUUCUUCUUCAGCUAUUUCGGGACUCGGUAUAGUGGCAUGCAGUCACAGUCUGCUCGUGGAAUGUUUAAUCCGAGAACAGUCACAAUUGCAGACGUUUUUGAGAGAGCUUUAAAAAUCUUGAAGCCCAAAAACAUCCCACUGCUUUAUGUAUCCAGCAGAACGGAUACCGGUGUGCACGCUCUGCGCAGCGCAGCUGCAGCUGAUCUUCAUCAUGAGAAUCCCGGACAGUAUUAUCCAGCCGAAACUUUAGUGUAUGCUCUCAAUCAUUAUUUUUCUGAGCACGGGCAAGACAUCAGGGUGACGAGUGCGCAGAUCGUUCCUGAAACGUUCAAUGUCCGACACGCGCGAAGGAGGACAUACCUUUACCGGUUGGCGGUGAAGUACGAUAUUCCCAACAGUAAACUGCUACCUUUUGUCCCCAGAGGAGCGGUGGCUGCCACGCUUGUACCUUUGGUGGAGUCAAAGACGACCUGGUUCCUAGGACCCCCCUUUGACCACCGGGCGAUGGUAAGUGCGGCACGCCUUUUCCUUGGCCUGCAUGAUUUCCGCACAUUCUCAAAGCCACCGAGAAUAGGCGAUAUACCACGAAAUCCCGUCCGUUUUAUGGAAAUUUGCGACGUAUCUCCUGGCAAGGGGUUUUUGGCGGAACAUGAUCGGCAUCAGGAUGGAAUAGAGUACUGGGAUAUCACUUUCCGGUCUUCGGGCUUCUUGCAAAGACAGGUACAAGAUGCGUAUUCUGCCAGUGUUGGGUUGUUGCCUGUGGAGAAACAGCGGAUCAGAAGAAUGAUUGGAGCACUAGUUGGCGUAGCUAAAGGGCGUAUCCAAGAAAAAGAUAUUCAGGAGAUGUUGAAUACUCCAGAUCCUUACGGAUACCAUAAGGCCUUAACCCAGGCUCCCUCUGAAGGAUUGUUUCUGAAAGACGUGGAGUUUGAUGAUAAAAAUCUCACGUUGCCACCGGAUUAUUUCGACGUUAUUGUGAAACACAAAAAAUCAUAUACCUUCAAGUCCGCUAUCGAAUACGAACGGCUUUUCAGGCUUCUGGAUAGACGACUGGACCAACUUUUAGCUUAAUAAUUUUACAAUUUGGAUGGACACCCGGAUUGGAUAAGAAAGUGGACGUUUUUCUGAAUGUGAUUGUUUUUUGAAGCGUUUCAACUUGUACUCGUAUCGUUAACGGGAAACAAGUUUUCUGUAUUCUUUCUCACGAUCCGCAGUGAUCGGCUCUCCAUGUGAAUUCAGUUACUGAACCUGCUUAAUUUGGGCUUUUUCUGGACAAUGUUAAUAAUUAGAAAAACAUUUUGAAAGAAGGGAAUUUGUAUGGUUAAAAGGAACUAUUAAAUGGUAAAUGAAA